AUGGACUUCCCGGAUCAUUUCCGGCACAUUUUCAAACAGCUCGACCACCAGCGUCUCCACUCGCAGCUGUGUGACUGCGUGGUGGUGGUUGGAGGUCAGAGCUUCCAGGCUCACCGCUCCAUCCUGGCCGCCUGCAGCUCCCACUUCAGGGCUCUGCUGGGCUCCGGGGAGGGCUCCGAGGACAGAUCCGGGGAGGGCUCCGGGGCGGACGCAGGCCCCAGUGUGAUGCAGCUGGACCCGGGGGUGGUGACUCCGGAGGCCUUCUCCACCCUGCUGGACAUGAUCUACACCUCCACCCUCUCCUUGGGCUCGGCCAACGUGAUGGAUGUGCUGCUGGCAGCGUCUCACCUGCACCUCAACGCUGUCGUCAAGGCCUGCAAGCUCCACCUGUCCAGGAAGAACUUCCCCGCCUCGGCGCCCAGAGGCUGGAGGUCAGUGCAGCAGCAGCCGCAGCAGCAGGAGGGUCCACGCUCCCAGACGGCAGCCGGCUCCCAGCAGCCUGUCACAUCAGCCAUGGAGGAGGACCUCGAUAAAGAGGAGUUGAGGCUUCAGGUGAGUCAGUCCGGCGGAGAUGACGACGGGCCGCAGGACGCAACGCCUUCCAUCGGAUUCAAGAGAAAGUCGCAGGAGGAAGGCCGAGGAGAAAGGAAGAGAUGCAGCAGGCCGCCCGGAGGAAACUACAAGGAGUGUUCACCCACUGUGACCAGGAGCUCGGAGGAAGGAGACCCGCCGUCCCGAGACUGCCCGGAGACCACCGACGGGUUCUGGGAAAAGCAGGGAAACGACGAAGUGGAGGCCAAAUACGACGCGGGCAGGGGAGAGCUGGACGAAAUUCAGCUGCCGUCCCAGUCGGACAGCAGCACGGGAGGAGGGGCGGCGUGGGAGAGGGGUGAGGACGGCGUCCUUAAAGUGAAGGUGGGAGAGGAGGAGGCAGACGAGACCGAGAUGGCGGUGAUCGAGGUGAAGAAGGAAAACCUGAGCUCCUAUCCCCCCGACCUGGACGUGUUUCCGAACCCAUGUCCUCCAUCGCCCCUGCAGCACUGUGCGGACAGUUUGGACGCACAGAUGAGCGAGGAGAGAACGGCGGCGGCGGCUAACGGAGGCUCUCUGCAGCCUCCGGCCUGCGCAGAGCUCAGCGCCGACACGCAGGGAGGAGAUCUGGUGGAGGACCCGGUGGACGGCGAGAGCCUGGACAGCCUCUCCGAGCUGGCCUUUUCCUGCUUCCUUAAUCCCAGCGGUGAAGGCGUGAUGGACGCUCUGGAGGAAGAGGACAGCCUCGCCAGCCUCACCGCCGCCGCCACCGCCGCCGCGGCUGCAGCCAGCGACGCCCCGACGGCCCCCCAGGACGCACAGGGGGAGAAGCCCCGGGAAGACAGCUCCCCUUUGGCCCCGUCCUCCGAUUCUCCGCCUUCUCUGGUUUUUCCGGUAGCUUCCGUCCCGCUGCAGCAGCUUCUCCCGACUCAGAGCCCCGGUUACAGCGAUACCAUCAUCCUCCAGCACCCCCAGAGCUCCUUGGGGUUCUUGAGCGGUCUCAGACCGGGCGUCGGUCUGGACGCGUCCCUCGUCCAGUCCUCCAAGGCCGGGAAAACGUUGGGGGCCACGGCUUUCCGCCGCAUCGCCCCCAAAGUGCUGCCCGGGUCCAAAACCUCCACCGACGCGUCUUCUGGAUCGGCCGGGGACGUCCCGGACCGCCCGACUCUGACCAGGGCUUCGGAGGACGUUCUCUCCAAAUGCAAGAAAGCGGCGGCCGAGGACCACGUGCUGCUGGUGGAAGGGGAGAAGAAAUACGCCUGCAAGAUCUGCUGCAAGACCUUCAUGAACCUGACGGACUGCAAGAAGCACAUCCGCGUCCACACGGGGGAAAAGCCCUAUCCCUGUCCCAAGUGUGGCAAACGCUUCAGCCAGUCCUCCCACCUCUACAAGCACUCCAAGAACACCUGCAUGAACUGGAAAGACGCCUCGCCUUUCACGGACACGCUGCUCUGA